AUGGCUACAAUAGCCACCCUCCCGAUGCCUAAUUCUCUUCCCAGCUUGGAUGAAAAACCUGAGUACGCCCAUGAUGAGCAGGGGCGUACUGUGAUGGUAAAGCCAAUUCCGGACGCGGUCAAGUCGGAAGCAGGCAUCCUGGUCGACACUGAAGGCUUUCAGGGCGAGAGUUCGCUCAAACUCGCGCCUGACGGACAUACUGUGCUUCUACCUCAGCCAACCGAUGACCCCAAUGACCCCCUCAACUGGUCGUGGGCCAAGAAACACUGUAUUCUGAUUACUAUAGCCUGGGGUGCCCUGUGUGCCGACUUCACUUCUGCAAUGGGUCCUUCUGUUAUCUUCCCCCAAGCAAUCGAAUGGCAAAUCUCUCCCGACACAGCCAACCGUGCUAAUAGUAUGAAUGUCUUAUUUGGCGGCAUUGGUGGACUCAUCUGGGUGCCAAUGAGUUCCUGUUUGGGACGAGCGCCUGUUCUUUUCUGGACCACCAUAGCUGGGUUCGGGUUCAGUAUUGGCGCUGCAGUGUCGCCAACAUAUGAGUGCUACUUCGCUAUGCGAGUGCUUACAGCGCUCUUCCUCACGGCUGGUCAGACCAUGGUCAUUGCGUUCAUCAAGGAUCUGUUUUUCUUUCACGAACGCGCCCGCAAAAUCGGCCUCUGGGCUGCACUCUACAUCGCAUCUCCUUACCUCGGGCCGUGUUUGGGAAAUUUUAUUAUUUCGCAGACGGGGCACUGGCCAGACGUUUACUGGCUCUGCUUGGGUGUUGUCGGUUUGCAAGUCGUGUUGGUUGCACUCUUCGUGGACGAGACAUGGUACAACCGUCAGAAGGAUAGUCAUGAGCACCCAUGCAGGCCAGCAGGUGUGGCUGGUCGCUUUUCACGACUUCUUGGAGUGUGGCAGCUGCAGCAUCACAAGGCCUAUUUUCCAAAGACACUUACAGCCAUUAAGAGAUUCGUCCUUGCUAUCACAAGACCGGUGGUCUUUCUAACGUGCCUGAACUACCUUAUGAUCUUCGCGUGGGCUAUUGGAAUCAACAUUUCUACUAGCAUUCUAUUCGCGCAACCGCAAAGUAUCGGGGGCUACGGCUAUUCGAACAAGGGCCUGGGUUUCCUUUACUUCACACCUAUCGGAGGCGUUGUCAUCGGCGAGGUUUUCGGCCAUUUCUUCAAUGAUUAUUUGGCGCGCCGAUACGUCCAUAAGCAUCGAGGCGUUUUUGAGCCUGAACAACGUCUUUGGAUGGCUUAUAUAUCGAUUGGACUCAUGGCCCCGGCGCUUAUUCUUGUUGGCGAGGCUCUGAGAUACCACUUGAAUGUUGCCGCUAUCGUUUUCGGUUGGGGAACAUUCGUCGUGGGCUGUAUGACGAUGUCAGUUGCUGUGCAGGCAUACUUGCUCGACUCCUACCCAAGCAUGCCGGCUGAGCUGGGAGGCUGGCUCAACUUCGCGCGCACAUUUGGUGGCUUCGGUGUUGGAUAUUUCCAAUCACCCUGGGCAGCCAAGGUUGGUGUGGAUGUAAGUUUCGGCACACAGGCCGCGAUCGUGGUCUGCGCGGCUAUCCCAAUUAUGAUUGCUCAUCGCUUUGGACAUCGAUAUUGUUUCGGCAAGACAAAACUGGAGCCCAAUGUGCCAAAAUGGCGGGAUCCCGAGAAGGCCCUUCACCAGGCGUCGAACAAUGACCAGAACCGGUUCUCGGGCUGGUCCCUCGAGCUUAAGCGAGGAAAAGAGGGUCGACGCCUGAAAGGCGUCCACAAGUCUAGCCCGUUGAACACCGACUGGAAGAACCUUCGCGGUUACUACCAAAAGCUGACCGAGACGAAAAUCAACGAUGAAGAUGGCUUAGAAGUGCGAGGGUUAGUAGCGUGA